GACCCCGGAGCCCGGCUCUUGAGACCUCCAGAUGUUGCGUUCGCGGCACCGAGCGAAGUCGGGAGUCUGAGCUCCGGCUGUUUCCACGAAACGUUCAUACAUUUAUUUCACCGGUAGCGAUGGACGCUGGCAGUCUCGGUUAACGGAAGAAGAAGGAGAAGGAGAAGAAGAAGGAGUGAGGCUGUUGAAAACAAUAUAUACUUUUUACAAAUCUUUUGUUUGGACUAAAAAAGGAUAUUGAAGCCUCAAUUUCCCUGCGCAGUUUGGACGUUUAAACCUGAUUGAAAUGACUCCGCUGCGGAUAAAAUAGUCCGUCAAGACGUGGGACACUUUUUCCGCUGAUAUAAGGUUUUUUUAAAUUAUAUAUAUAUAUCUAUAUAUAUUAUAUAUAUUAAAAAGCUCAUUUGUUAUUCGUGAGUGUGUAUUUGUGUUGGGGGACAAAGUGAGCACAAUGGCUGCCCUUCACUGGCUCCUGUGUGCCGGGAUGUUAUCGCUGCCGACGUGCGGAGCGUUCUUCCGCGGACCGUUACAGCCGGAGAUGUCCAACGGCACGUUUCAUCACUACUUCGUGCCGGACGGCGACUACGAGGACAACGACGACCCGGAGAAGUGCCAGAUGCUCUUCAAGAUGACGGACGAGCGCAAGUGCGGUCUCGACGAGGACCAGUACGCCGUGAUACAGGACGACUUCACCAUCAUCAAGCGGCAGAUAGAGGACUCGGCCCGGGUCCUGGAGGGCAUCGGGAAGAGCAUCUCCUUCGACCUGGACGGGGAGGACAACUACGGGAGGUACCUGCGGAGGGAGACGGCGCAGAUCGGCGAGGCGUUCACGAGCUCGGAGAAGUCGCUGCUGGAGCUGGAGGUGAAGUUCAAGCAGAGCCAGGAGAGCGACCUGAAGGAGGAGCACCGGCUCAACGACGACUUCCUGAGCAUGGUGGUGCACACGCGGGACGUCCUGAAGGACACGGUGGACAUUUCCGUGGGACUGAAGGACAAGCACGAGCUCCUGUCGCUGAUCAUCCGCAGCCACGGCACGAGGCUGAGCCGGCUGAAGAACGAAUACAUGAAGUUCUGAGAGAAAGUAGUCCCCCCCGCACUUUGCAGUAGCGACUUUUUCUUAUAAUUUAAAAAAAAAAAUGUUUAGGGAUUAAUGUGUGUGAGCACGAGAGAGAAGGGGGUAACAACAAAUACAAACAAGUGUAGUUAUAUUAGGGAUAAAAACACAAUUUAAAGGGCCAGUUCACUUGCAUUACAAAUAAAUCAUAUUCUCUAGAGAAGUGGUUAAAAAAAAAAAAAAAUAGCCUAAAUAUCUUACAUUUGACUUUUAAUAGGAAAGAAGAAACAUACUUAAAUGCAAUCCAAAUAUGUUCAAUAAACACAACUCUUAGUGAUGAGUGCUUUACUUUCAGGGUGGAGAGGGAUGUAUGCGUCCAGGUCAUGUGACAUUUCACCAAAGCUCCAUUACCAAAAAAGCCCCCCUCCCCCCCACCCACCACAUAUUACCCCAUUGCAUUUGGUAAUCUGAUGAUUUACCACUUACGUACAAUAUCCACCCCUCAUUAUUCCACAUUCUCACGGUCCUGUUAUGUAUCAGAACAGCUUUUAUUAUUUUUUUAGUUGAUAUUGUGCUCAUGUGGUCCAGAUUCCAGAACGAACAAAUUCCAUUGAUGGCAUUCAUCUCUGUGAAGGUAUAAUGUUUUUUAAAAAACUAAAAUAUACUGGUAGGAAGUAAGAAAGAAAAUGUGUUGUAGUUUUUAAUGACAUCGUACUUGUUAUGAAUAGACAACGAGGAUAUGGAUGAUAUCCUCUCUCACAUUCACUUCAAUUGCAUUUUUAUUUGAUAAUAUGGUGAUUUCUGGAGAAAACUAUAUAUCUAUAUUCUUUUUUUAGAUGACACCUCAAACUAAACUUCAAACAAAUCAAAGAACUUCAUCAUAUUGAUGCAAAUAAAAUCAUAUCAGUGUUUUUGCAAUAUCUCUAAGGUAAAUGUACACGCCACGCAAACACACAAUGGGGGUAUGGUCAUUUUUGGUAAGUGCACAGAGUUCACCUGGUGUGUGUGUGUGUGUGUGUAAAUGUGUGCGUGUGAAACAACGGCUUUGAAUGUGAGUCAGCAGAUUAGAACAGCGAGAACAGGAACCAUCAGCUCAGACGAAGGCUUUUUUUCCCCCCAAAAAAUGUUGCUUGGUUUAUUUUUGACCCUUUUAAAAAGUUGGAUAAAUGAGUUGUUCGUAUGUCGUCACGUCGCACUAAAGCCGGGCGUGAAUUUGUGUCGUCGGAUGAAUGUUUCUGAGCAUAUCAGAGAAUGUUUACAUGUGGAACCAUUUAGAUUUUUUAUCUUUUUGUCAUUUAAAAAAAAGCUUUUUAUAGGCCGGCAGCACAAUUCUUAACUGUUGUGUGUGUGUGUGUGUGUGUGUGUGUGGCCUUUAAACUGUGCUGCUCUGCACAGGCUGUAUACUCUUGGAACAUGUACAGUGUUAUAAGAAAUACGUAAAAUACUGUGAGUGCCCAUAUUUUUUAUUACAACCCCCCAAAAAAAGAAACCCACCAAUAUUAAUGUUUUCAUCGUUUUUAUAUAGCAUUUUGAAACCGAGCCGCAUAUAAAUAUAAAAUAUAUAUAUAUAUUCUUUGUGUAACUAGGCGAGAUUGUAAAAUCAUUGGCGGGUAAGACUGCAGGCAGCACUCGAGGACGUCCACGUCCGACACUAAUCGGACGGUUCUGUGUCUUCUUAAAUAAACAGUUUGUGUUUUGAAGUGUC